UCUCUCCUUUCAGUUUGUCAAGCUCUUAUCGAUCCUUGCAAGUGUUCGCCAUCCACGCGCUUCAUAUAGGGUAAACAUACAGACCCCGUGAAACAGGACUGGACUUUUUCGUGUAAGAGAUGGUGUACAUUUGCUCAGAUUAAAUGUAUUUGCAGCAGACACGCACCACUAUUCAAUGUUGACGAGGACUGCCUCUGAAAUUCCUAGACGGGAGAAUAAGAGACACAGAGCAAGGAGCGCAAGCCGCUUUUGACAGGUGCCAUCGUUCGGCUCUGUGGGCUACGGUGUUGGGGAGAUGCCGCCUGUUCAAAGAACUGUGUCCGACCUCCGGUCCCGUGCGGAAGGAUAUGAGAAAACAGAAGAUGGAUCUGAAAAAACAUCUUUAGCUGACCAGGAGGAUGCCCGACUAAUUUACAUCAGUCAGCCUCAGUUUACCAAAUUCUGCAACAACCGAGUCAGCACUGCGAAGUACAAUGUCCUCACCUUUCUGCCACGCUUCCUCUACUCUCAGUUCAGAAGAGCUGCCAACUCAUUCUUUCUUUUCAUCGCACUCCUACAGCAAAUCCCUGACGUCUCUCCUACUGGGCGCUGGACCACGCUGGUCCCCCUCCUCUUCAUCCUGGUGGUGGCAGCAGUCAAAGAGUUCAUUGAGGACCUGAAGCGGCACAAUGCAGACGGUGUCGUCAACAGGAAGGAAACCCAAGUGCUGAGGAACGGCGCCUGGGAGAUCGUGCACUGGGAAAAGGUGGCGGUAGGGGAGAUAGUCAAAGCGGCCAACGGGGAUCAUCUCCCGGCAGACCUCGUCAUUCUGUCGUCCAGUGAACCGCAAGGAAUGUGUUACAUUGAAACCUCCAACCUGGAUGGAGAAACCAACCUGAAAAUAAGACAGUCUCUCAGCAUCACUACAGAGAUUAGAGACCUCGACAGCCUCAUGCGUCUGUCGGGCCGCAUGGAGUGUGAGAGCCCCAACAGGCACCUGUACGAGUUUGUGGGGAACAUCCGCUUGGACGGGCACAGCACGGUUCCUUUGGGUCCGGACCAGAUCCUCCUGCGAGGGGCGCAGCUGCGUAACACCCAGUGGGUGCACGGCAUCGUGGUCUACACGGGCCACGACACAAAGCUCAUGCAGAACUCCACACGGCCACCUCUGAAGCUGUCCAACGUGGAGCGCAUCACCAACUUCCAGAUCCUGGUGCUGUUCGGGUGCCUCCUGGCCAUCUCUCUGGUCUGUUCCAUCGGCCAGACCAUCUGGAAGUACCAGUACGGCAACAACGCCUGGUACAUGGACCUCAAUUCUCCAGAUGGUGGAGCGGCUAACUUUGGCCUCAACUUCCUCACCUUCAUCAUCCUCUUCAACAACCUCAUCCCCAUCAGCCUCCUGGUGACUCUGGAGGUCAUCAAGUUCGUCCAGGCCUUCUUCAUCAACUGGGAUACUGAUAUGCUGUAUGAACCCACCAACACUCCGGCCAUGGCACGCACCUCAAACCUCAACGAAGAGCUGGGGCAGGUGAAAUACAUCUUCUCCGACAAAACCGGGACCCUGACAUGUAACGUCAUGCAAUUCAAGAAGUGCACAAUUGCUGGGGUUGCCUAUGGCCACAGUCCUGAGGCAGAGGAAGGUAGUUUGGCUGAGGAGGACUGGCACAGCUCAGACUCAUCAGAGGAGGCCGGAUUUAAUGACCCCAGCUUACUGGAGAAACUCCAAAGCAAUCAUCCAACGGCUCCUGUUAUCCUGGAGUUCAUGACCAUGAUGGCCAUCUGUCACACCGCCGUCCCCGAGCGCCACGACGACAAGAUUAUCUACCAGGCAGCCUCACCUGAUGAGGGGGCUCUGGUACGGGCUGCCCGGAACCUGGGCUUUGUGUUCUCCGGGAGAACGCCUGACACUGUCAUUAUUGAAUCGUUGGGGGAGGAAGAGAAGUACGAGCUGCUGCAUGUGUUGGAGUUCACCAGCACGAGAAAAAGAAUGUCCGUCAUCAUGCGCACUCCAACCGGUCGGAUCCGCCUCUACUGCAAAGGAGCCGACACGGUCAUCUACGACCGCCUAGCUGACAGCUCCAGGUACAAGGACAUCACACUGAAACACCUGGAGCAGUUUGCCACGGAGGGCUUGCGGACGCUGUGCUUUGCCGUAGCAGACAUUAGCGAGUCGUCGUACCAGCAGUGGAUGGAGGUGUUCCAGCGUGCCUCCACCUCUUUGCAGAACCGGGCCCUGAAACUGGAGGAGAGCUACGAGCUCAUCGAGAAGAAUCUUCAGUUACUGGGAGCCACGGCGAUCGAAGACAAGCUUCAGGACAAAGUGCCAGAGACCAUUGAGCUGCUUAUGAAGGCCGACAUCAAAAUCUGGAUCCUGACCGGAGACAAGCAGGAGACUGCCAUCAACAUUGGCCACUCCUGCAAGCUGCUGACCAAGAACAUGGGCCUGCUGGUGAUCAAUGAAGACACACUGGAUGACACCAGAGAGACGCUGAGCCAUCACUGUAGCAUGCUGGGAGACGCGCUGCACAAAGAGAACGACUUUGCCCUCAUCAUCGACGGCAAGACGCUCAAGUACGCCCUCACCUUCGGAGCGCGCCAGUACUUCCUGGACCUGGCCCUGUCCUGCAAGGCCGUCAUAUGCUGCAGGGUGUCUCCUCUGCAGAAGUCAGAGGUGGUGGAGAUGGUGAAGAAGCAGGUGCGCGUGAUCACGCUGGCCAUCGGGGACGGCGCCAACGACGUGGGCAUGAUCCAGACCGCCCACGUGGGCGUGGGCAUCUCGGGCAACGAGGGCCUGCAAGCCGCCAACUCCUCUGACUACUCCAUCGCGCAGUUCAAGUACUUGAAGAACCUCCUGCUUGUCCACGGGGCCUGGAACUACAACCGCGUGUCCAAGUGCAUCCUCUACUGCUUCUACAAGAACAUCGUCCUGUACAUCAUAGAGAUCUGGUUUGCUUUCGUCAACGGCUUCUCUGGGCAGAUCCUGUUUGAGCGCUGGUGUAUAGGCCUCUACAAUGUGAUCUUUACGGCUUUACCCCCUCUGACUCUGGGCAUAUUUGAACGAUCUUGCCGGAAGGAGAACAUGCUGAAGUACCCGGAGCUAUACAAGACAUCCCAGAAUGCAAUGGGCUUCAACACCAAGGUCUUCUGGGCCCAUUGUCUGAACGGCCUGUUCCACUCGGUCAUCCUCUUCUGGUUCCCCCUCAAAGCCUUCCAGCACGACACUGUCUUUGGGAGCGGACAGACUCCGGACUAUCUCCUCCUAGGGAACAUGGUUUAUACGUUCGUGGUGAUCACCGUGUGUCUGAAGGCUGGACUGGAGACCUCGUCCUGGACUACGUUCAGUCACAUAGCCAUCUGGGGGAGCAUUGCACUGUGGGUGGUGUUCUUCGGCAUCUACUCCUCUCUGUGGCCGCUCAUCACUCUGGCUCCGGACAUGUCGGGACAGGCGGACGCGAUGUUCAGCUCUGGAGUGUUCUGGAUGGGACUGAUCUUCAUCCCCACCACCUCGCUGGUGUUCGACGUCGCCUACAAAGUAAUGAAGAAGGUGUGCUUUAAGACCUUGGUGGAUGAGGUUCAGGAGCUGGAGGCCCUGUCCAAGGACCCCGGGGCCGUAGUGCAUGGAAAGAGUUUGACUGAGAGAGCGCAGCUCUUGAAGAAUGUCUUUAAGAAGAGCACAGUUAGUCUAUACCGAUCAGACUCCAUGCAGCAAAACCUACUCCAUGGCUACGCCUUCUCCCAGGACGAGAACGGCGUGGUGUCCCAGUCGGAGGUGAUCCGGGCCUACGACACCACCAAGCAGCGCCCCAACGAGUGGUGAGACGCCGUCGCCAGCUGCCAGUGGGGCCGCUGCCUCCUCCUCCUCAGAGCCCUUUAGUUUUGGCAGGGCCAAAGAAGGCCUGCGGGAAGCCACGGGUGUUUUGUGUGUGUGUGUGUCUGUGUGUGUGUGUGUGUGUGUGUGUGUGUGUGUGUGUGUGUCUGUGUUGCGAGUGUGUUCUGUCUCAGACACACCAUCCAGGCCGCCAUGACAACAACGGAAAAAAUAAUAUAAGGACGGUAGAGAGGAUGCAGCUUGUUGAUUCUCUACAUCUUUGAAAAAAGGGAAGGAAAAACAUGAGACUCAAGAGAAAAAAGAUAUGAAAAAAUAUAUAUAUAUAUUGUCUGGAGUUAUUCUUCACUUAUGUCGUAGUUGUGUGUUCCGCAGAAAUGAUUACUGUGCUUGCAUUUUUUAUGUUGUUUGCAGUUGUGUUUGUGGUCUGAAUCUCCUCCCAUCUACUGAAUGAAUAGGAGGAUGGCGUCUACUGUCCAAAAUGACUGGUCUCCUCUGAUCUUGCAUCAAAAUGAACUUGAGUGUGAUGCCAAACUAUGUUAUCCAAAACGUCUUUUGACUGUUUUAAGUGCCCAAUUCGGGAUGCCACACUCAAUACGUCUUACUCCAAAAAAAUCAAAAAAAAGUUAAGUUUUGACUAAAAAGAGGAAUUCGCGUUUUUUUUGUUCGAUGUAGACCGCCAAAGAACAGUCCUGAAUGCAAUCUCGAUUUCCAACACAAAGACAAAGACGUGCACUUGAAACUGUCAGCGCGUCCAAACUGCAGUGUCCCCACGUCUCUCUCGGCACUGAACAGAUCACUGCACUCCCAGUUUGUUUUGGUUUCUUUUCAUGUUCAAUUCUUGCACUCGAUGAUCUACUGUAUCAAAGCCUUACAUUUGUUGUUGCCUUCAGCCAUAUUUACUUUCAUCUUGAUUUGUUUAUGUAGUUUUAAUUACAUUUUUUCUUUGUUUGUUUUUUUAGUUUGUUAGUAUAUGUUGUGCCUGUUGUUCUUUUUUUGACAGUUUCCUGCAGAAGUCAGUGGUUUUCUGCCAUUUUUUUCUGUUUGUUUGUUUUUUCUUUGUACAGCAUUAUUUUGAUAGCUCUUAACAAUUAACUUGCAUUCCAUGUGUUUCUCGGCUGCAACGAUCACAAAGGUGCCUAACUAGGAAUUUAGUUUUCCUUUUUCCCUGCAAAGAAAGUAUUUCAGAUUUGACUCGCUCCGUCUCAUUGCCGUGCUCUGAGCCGCGAGACAAAGACGUCCUCUUUGUCCCCAAAGGAACAUGAAGGGCCAUGUCCUUUUGUGGGACACUUGAACACCUAUGUUCUGUCUUGUAACACAUGGGGUAGCUGUCCAAAAGACAGACAGAAAGAAAGUCUCUGUCCGUGUAAUGUCAGCUUAAAAGCAGCAACUUCCAUUUCAUCCCGCCCUCUCCUUCGGAACGGAGAAUCUAUCCUACAAACAUAAGUGCCAUUAGCUCGGGGGAAAACAAAACAAAAAAGAGAACCUGGAAAUCCACACAGUAUUGUUUAAAAGAAAUACUUUGUGUCGAUAGUUAUUUUGUGAAUUUGUAUUUUUAUAUUGGACAAGUAUGACUUUUCGGAUCGACCUGCUUUGUAACGAAUUGUCCUUUUUUCCAGUCAAUGACAGUGGUGAAUGAGGUUGCUUGUUAUUUUGUUUGUUUGUUUGUUUGUUUGUUUUUUAGUUGUCGUAUGACUAAAAUGUCUGUAAUGUUAUUAAUGCUUCUUAAUUUAUUUAUAGUCCGAUGGUUGUGCGUUUUUUGGCUUUCUUCUCCCUGUGGGAGAUGAGGUUGUAGUGUGAGUAUCCAACGGAUGUUGUCUGCAUGUGCAUGUCUGCGUUUGUUUGUUUGUUUGUGUGUGUGUGCGUGCGUGUGUGUGUGGGCGCGCGUGUGCGUGCGUGUGAAUUGAUCUGUGUAUGAUGUGUAUAUUUUGUGAGCGUGUGCACAGUGUGUUAAUUGGAAGAGAUUGUGUUAUGUUGAUGCUGAGAGAAGAGAGAUGGAUUACUUUCGAGCUUACAAGAGGGAGGGUGUGUGUGUGUGUGUGUGUGUGUGUGUGUGUGUGUGUGUGUGUGUGUGUGUGUGUGUGUGUGUGUGUGUGUGUGUAUGUUUGUGUUAAUGUAUGCUGCUCGCUCUUGCAUCUGUCCGCACGACUCGACAGGUGUAAUGAUGAACUACUGUUAACUGCUGCAUGGCCGUGACUCUCUGGGGGUGUGUGUGUGUGUGUGUGUGUGUGUGUGGUUAGUCCCUAUCUUCCAGCCUGUCUCCAUUUAAGGCUGGUUGUGGAGAAGUGUCGUCUGUAAUGCUAGCUUGACAGAUGUUGCACAAUGCAUUGUUUUUAACUUCCAGUAGUGGAUAAUUGUAUUAACCGGCCAUUUGGUUCUGCUAUUAUUUAUCUGGCUGUAUGUUUGUAUCCAGUUUUUUCCUUUCUCUCUAACCUUUCUCAUGUGAUGUACCUCUUCUUUAAAACAAACGGUAGAAAAAAAUACAUUUCAGGCUUUGUUUGUUUUGAUGGGUUUUUUUUCCGUCUCUGUUGCUGGUCGCCAUCUGAUGUCACAGACUACUGAUGUGAAAGUCGUGGUGAAUGGUUUAGGACCGUUGUUUUUUCUUGUCUUUCUUUUUUUCUUUAACUUGUCAUUUGUAGAAGUUGUUUUGGUGGUUGCAUGAAUGGAGGAAAAAAAAAAACACGUUCAGUUUUCAAGUGUUUCAAACUGUGCUUUGAUUCUCUCCUUCUCUAGAGUUGGGUCACUUUAAAGAGGAAAAUGCACUUUUUCUAUUUGAAUAUCUUUUCCCUUUCCUCCUUUCUUUGACGUCCUCUGUUUGAUGAUUGUUCAGCAUGUUGGGACUGCAAAAACUUUUAAGUGUUUCUGUCUUCUACUGCCAUGAAGGACUACUGAAAUAAACUUUACAACUGGAAAAUGGA